AUAAGACUGCUUUACAGCCCAUAAACCCAUUUUCAAUGGAAAUCUACCUCACUCUCCGUGUAAUGUUACUUGUUUCUUCUCUUCUACUGCUGUUCUGCAUUUGAUGGCUUCUGCCUCUUCAAUUUCAGUUUUUUCUUGCACGGUUCUCCUUUAAACAUCAUAACACUCAUCUUCUUCCCCUUCUUACCUGAAUUGAUGGUUUUUAGGGAGGUAAUCAAUUCUUGGUUGUGUAUGUGUGUGUGUCGGCGGAAGGUCACUUUCUGUCGGCAUUGUCAGUAUUCAACGAUGACAUAUAUUAGAGACGAAGAUUUUUAAUUAAAUUAUUCGAAGUACAAUGGAGAUGCUUUUGGCAUUAGCACACCUGGGUUUUCUACAGUAACACCUCAGAAAGCAGAAGUUGUUGCAAGUUCAAUUCGGUGCUGGCAAUUCUACCUUGUUUUUUAAUUGGGGACUUCAAAAUUGGUUGUAAUCACAAGAGGGCCUCAUAUAUAUAUAUUUUUUUUUUCGACGCCUAGACCCUUUUCUUAAUCUGGGUAUGUACUGGUUUCUUGACUGACCUGAAGUUUGUUUGGAUCUGCUGGAGAGGAUUCAAGAUGGGAAUGUGGGUAAAUUUUGGUCUUGAUGAUGAUGAUGCCGUGAUGGUAAUUCCAAAACUGGCUGAACCAUCUAUCAGCGAAUGAAGAAGAGAUUUUCUGUACUUCUUUUGGCCUUCUUUGCAUGGGAAGAGAUUGCAGGGUCAAUGUGUAGGAAUUCAUAUUACUAAGAACAUACAGACGGUACUAUUUCUUGUUGUUGAAGUGCUUCCCAUACCAAAUGUCAAGGACUCUUGCAGCAUUGCUUGGAGCUGCUGCAGGGGCCGUGGCUUUGGUGGGAAUAGUAAUUAUAUUUCUAUGGUUCUGCUUGUCUCGGGACAGGAAUAUUUCAAGAACUUCUGAGACAGGUUCCUCUGAUCCAUCUAUUCAAGUAGGGAGAGUUGAGUUGCCUUUAACAGGGACAUUUGGGUCUCUUCCACCUGAUUCACGAGAAGCAAGGCGUUUCCUGAUGGAAGAAUUGGCUUUGGCUACAAAGGAUUUUAACGAUAUAAAUCUGAUAGGAGAAGGAAAAUUUGGGAAGGUUUAUAAGGGUUUACUUCAUGAUGGGAUGAUUGUAGCCAUCAAAAAACGAAAUGGUUUACCUAGUCAGGAAUUUUUUGAGGAGGUUCGGUAUCUGUCAUCUAUUCGGCAUCGGAAUAUUGUUAGCCUUCUUGGUUACUGCCAGGAAAAUGAUCAACAAAUGAUUAUUUAUGAGUAUAUACCCAAUGGAAGUGUUUCCAGUCACCUAUAUGGGACAAGUCAGGUUUCCCGUGAGAAGCUAGAGUUCAAACAUAGGCUUUCAAUAGCUCUAGGUGCAGCUAAAGGGUUGUCCCACCUCCAUGCUCUAAGCCCUCGUUUGAUUCACAAGGGUUUUAAAACAGUCAAUGUUCUUGUAGAUGAAAAUUUCAUAGCUAAGGUUGCAGAUGCAGGGCUCUACAACUUACUUGCUAGAGUUGACGUUGCAGGUUCAUCUUUUGGAAUAAUGGCAGAUGAUGCAUUCCUUGCCCCAGAGGUGAGAGAGUUCAGAAGAUUCUCAGAAAAAAGUGAUGUCUACAGCUUUGCAGUGUUCCUACUGGAAUUAGUAAGCGGGCAUGAAGCUAUGAAAUCACAGUCCUCAGAAUCGGGUGAAAACAUUGUUGAAUGGGCACGAAACUAUGAUGAUUCCAGUAAUAUUUCCACCAUUAUUGAUCCCAGAUUGGGCAAUAGUUUCACAACUGAAGGCAUGAAAGAGUUUAUACAAUUGACUGUCCGUUGUCUAGACCAUUCUAGUGAGAGGAGGCCAAGCAUGAACUUUGUGGUAGGGGAACUUGAUCGAAUACUUGAAAAAGAAAUGAGCUUGACAACAAUCAUGGGAGAAGGCACCACAACGGUGACUCUUGGGAGUCACCUAUUUACAGCAACCAGAUAAGCAAUAUGAUAUAGCUGACCCUUGGAUAUAUUAUACAAUUGCUUGUGUGUUCUUUCUUCUCUUUUGCCCUCUUUUUUUUCAAUUUUAAUGUAGAGUAGAACAUUCAGCUGUUAGAUAAUUGUAUAAAAGAACAGCUGUUCUAUUGUUGUUGUUGAUGUUGUUUUAAUUUUUUUCACAUAAUUGUUCGAGACAUCAUUCUGUAAAACAUUAUUUGUUAAUACCAUACUGAAGGUGGGGAUGGGUGUGAUUUUAGAUACAUUAACAAGUGGAUGCUUCAAUUUGGAGAAAAGAGGUGAUAUAUAAAGUUUUAUUAAUACACUACAACAAAGUAGAGCUAUAGUGGUGGAUUUUCUAGUGGAAGUAAAUUUAUCCACCACUAUAUAACCCUUUUAGCAGAAAAUCAUAAUAACUACCUCUAAUGCUUUACACAAAAGCCGUUACCUUACAGUGACAGUCAUAUAUUUGCCUCUAUUGACAUACUUUUCUCAUUGAUUAUAUAAUUUUUAUUUUGAUUUUAUCUCAAUGGUUAAGAUUAAACUAAAAUGAAGAUUUAAGUUUAAUGAAAAUGAAAAACAGAAAAAAGGGGUAAAAGAACUUUAAAAGGAUGCGAGCAACUUUCCCAUGCGGGUUCAACCUUGUGUUUAGCCUCUCAACAAAAAUAAAGAAUGAAAGAGACCUACGAACCAGGUAGGGCUCUUAUUCUUAUUCUUUACAUGCAAGUUAACAAUCUAUGCUAUUGUAGGGCAGUGCUAUUGCAGGGCAGAUCUAGAGGGAUGAAUCAACAAAAUGACGAUGUUGGAGAUCUACGUAAGUUAAUCUAGCAAUGCUAUUGCAAGGCAGUUCUGGAGGGAUGAAUCAACUAAAGGAACGGAAUUUAGUUCGGAGAGAUCAUAGGAUCCUGUCCAGAUUAUUGCAAUGGACAUGGAAAGUGUCUUCCUAAUGGGAGUAUGCAAGCCUGAAAAUGGGCGUGCAGGCAUUGACUGUUCUACAGGCAAGCAGAUAUGGAAGCAUCUUGAAGACUAUUUACUACAGAAAGAGACAUGCUUCUCAAGGACAAAUUCAGAACACUUCAAAAAGGCUCCUUGUCGCUUGAGGAAUACACAAGCCCCAUAUCCUCCACUUGAUCAGAGAGUGUCCAAGGGUAUAAAGAGCAGAGCAGAUGAAGCUAUAGGAAGGAAGAAGAACUUAGCAAGCCCAUGAAUCAUGAGGAUGUCUUCUAUUCUCAAAGAGGACAAGGAAGAUGCCGCGACAACAAUGGUGGUGGUUGUGGUAGGGGUCAGGGUCAGGAUCAAAAUUUUAACUCUCAAGGAAGAGGCUUUGUACCAGCAAGGCAGCGAGCAAUGUCCAGCCGAAUGCUUUAGCCGUUCAGCGGGCUGUGGAACCAAUGAUGUGGUUCCACGCCACGCCAGUAAUAAAUUCAUGGGCUCCACUAACAGCUAAAGCAUUUAGCUGAUCCGAAUUUCAAGGCAGCAACCAAUUACAAUAAAGGAGGAGGUCGUGGGUUUGGGCCUACCAACAAUGGGCAAGCCUCAUUUACCCAACAACGAAAUCAGUUUUAGAGUAGUAACCUACAUACCCGAUGCCAGAUUUGCAGCUGCUCUGAAAAGUAAGAGUGUAAGAAGAAGGCGUGAAGAAGAGUGCGAGUAACCGCGAGGCUGAGACAUAUGUGUUUUCACUCCUUACCAGUCUGACUGAAGACUGGUAUGUGGUAGAUGCUUGGAACUUUCCGCCUAGAAUUCUUUCGGUUUGGGUUAAAAGAUGGGGGAAUAAUUUGUUGGGCACUACAUCUCAACCCGAGCUGUACUUUGUAGUAUUUGGUAAGCUAAAAUGGCAUCAGACCCGAGGGCUGGUUCAUUGGUAUGUUAGUUGAUUUGUUCCAGCGCUGAUGCGGAAUUAAAUCCACUUUGGGGGGAGUAGCAUCCAUCUGUGAUUUAUUUAUCAUUCAUCAAACUCACAACCAUUGUAGAGAGAGAGAGAAGAUCCAGCAUGCCAUUCAUCUGCCUGGUGCCUGGUGGAAGAAGACUGGGUUGGCUACUGACGGUUGCAUUGCGUUUAUUCCUUUAAGCAAUUUAAUAUGGACUUGUAUUUCUUUUUAUAAGGGAAUAAAUAGAGAAAAUAUAGAUACAUACUUUUUAUUGUGUC